GCAUCCAAGCGGCCACUUCAAGUCCGAAUUUUCCUCUCUCUCUCUCUCUGCAUUUUCUUCUUGAAAUUUGGAUUAUUUGUUUCUUUUACGCGUCCGUAUGGGAGAAACUCUGCUUUCUCCGAGUUCGUCAGCCGGAAAAUGGCUGGGAUUCGUUACUGCCGUUUGGAUUCAAGCCAUCUCUGGAAACAACUACACCUUCUCCAACUACUCCGAUGCUCUGAAAUCCCUCAUGGCUCUCACUCAACUGCAGCUUAAUAAUCUAUCCGUCGCAAAAGAUGUCGGAAAAGCUUUUGGUCUCCUCGCCGGUCUUGCUUCAGAUCGUCUCCCCACUUCCGUAUUAUUGCUCAUCGGAUCUGUUGAAGGUUUUAUAGGAUAUGGGGUUCAAUGGCUCGUUAUUAGCCAGCGAAUCCGUCCUCUUCCUUACUGGCAGAUGUGUAUAUUUCUGUGUAUGGGAGGGAACAGCACCACAUGGAUGAACACGGCAGUGCUGGUGACUUGCAUAAGAAACUUCCGGAAGAAUAGAGGCCCCGUCUCCGGCAUCCUUAAAGGCUACGUCGGCCUCAGCACCGCAAUCUUCACCGAUCUUUGCACCGCUCUCUUCUCUGCUGAUCCUUCCACCUUCGUCCUCAUGCUCUCCAUAAUCCCCGCCCUUGUUUGCUUCACAGGCAUCCUCUUUCUCCGUGAGGUCCCACCGUCUUCCGGCUCCGCCCAAGAGAAUGAAGAAAGUCAUUAUUUCAAUAUCUUCAAUGUCAUCGCCGUGAUUAUAGCUGUUUAUCUCUUGGCCUUCGACGUUACAGGAAAUCACGGCCGACUUCUUUCCGUCGCUUUUUCCAUCGUACUUCUCAUCCUGCUGGUUGCACCCUUGGCUAUCCCGUUGUACUCUGUAUUCCAGAACUGGGGACUGAAUUCGAGAUCCGGAGAUCUUGAACAUCAGAUCAAAGAGCCGUUGUUGGUUCAAGGAACCGCACCAAUUACACAGCAGCAGAAACCGCAGGAGAAGGUGGGGGAAGUGGAGAUGAGGCCAUCCCCGCCUGUGAUCGGAGAAGAACACACGAUCGUAGAAGCGAUGAAGACCUUAGAUUUCUGGAUCUUGUUCGUGUCAUUUCUUUGCGGUGUGGGUACGGGGUUGGCGGUAAUGAACAACAUGGGUCAGAUGGGAUUGGCGCUUGGGUACGCAGAUGUCUCUAUUUUCGUAUCGCUCAUUAGCAUUUGGGGAUUCUUCGGCCGUAUCAUUUCUGGUACCGCGUCGGAAUACUUCAUCAAGAAAGCUGCAACACCGAGGCCGCUAUGGAAUGCUGUUUCUCAGAUUGUAAUGGCUGUUGGAUAUGUACUCCUCGCCUUAGCAUUGCCAGGAUCUCUUUACAUUGGUUCUAUUAUUGUUGGUCUAUGCUAUGGUGUCCGUCUUGCUAUCACAGUUGCAACUGCAUCUGAACUAUUUGGCCUCAAAUACUACGGUCUCAUAUACAAUAUCCUCAUCCUGAAUCUCCCUCUGGGUUCCUUCCUGUUCUCCGGCUUGCUUGCUGGUUUCUUGUACGAUGCCGAAGCAACCAGCAUAGCUGAAGGUGGCAAUACGUGCAUAGGCGCCCAUUGCUACAGACUGGUGUUUGUGGUCAUGGCUCUUGCUUGUGUAUUGGGUUUUGGAUUGGAUGUGGUUCUGGCAUUUAGAACGAAGAAUGUUUAUUCUAAGAUUUAUGCCAGCAAGAAGUCGAAGAAGCCAACCGUGGAUCCAUCAUCUACUUGUAAAUAAGACAUUUGCUGAUACAGUUUUUUUUUUUCUGGAUUAGUAGUUGCAACAGAGCAGGAGGGUGAUAGAUAGUAUCCUAUUCUAUAGCCUUCUAUAUGUUUAGUACACAAAAACUUGCCGAUGAGACCUAGAAUGUGAGGGUUUUUUUGUCCAGUCGCCUUGAUCUUGGAUCUUGGUAUUGUUUGAACUUUCAAAAUGAUGGAUAAAGAUGUUGUUAAAUGGCCCACCUGGUUAAGAUUUUUCCAAUGGUGGAUCAUGGAUGAUGCCGUUUUGUAGGAUUUUUGCUGAUGCAGAGUAGUGGUUGCAGCACACUGCUGCAAGUAUAUAGUGUCUUUGUAAUCCUAGGCAGUAUGGUUGUUGUCCUGUAUUAAUUAUUAAUAGUUUGAUGCCAUUCUUUUCUUCCAAAGAAACAAUUUGUUUCAAGUUCUCUUGCUUUUGA